AUGGGCUUCUUUAUGCGUUUCACGCUGGCAGGAACUGUUCUACUGCUAGGAUUAUUGCUGAAACAGUGCCAUGAUUUGUUCAAAGAGCUUCCGGUACCGGAAGUGGACUACCGCGAGUAUUGGGGCCCUGGAAGUUCUGAAAACUACGUUGAGAAUAUCGAAGUGAAGCCGUUUGAGUUGUCUUACGGCACGGAGGUAAUCCAGGAACUUAAAGCUAAGCUGGACAAGGUUCCGAACCUCCCUGAACCACUCGAGGGUAGUAACUUUGAGUACGGCUUCAACAGCAAUCGAUUGCGCGAGAUAUUGAAGUAUUGGCGAUCGGAUUACCUGAUGCGAUGGGAUGCACGGCAAAAGUUCCUGAACCAGUUUCCGCAGUUCAAAACUCAAAUCCAAGGGCUAGAUAUUCAUUUCAUUCAUGUGAAACCGAAGGAAAGUGAUCACAAAAGAGUUCUACCAAUUAUUGUGCUGCACGGAUGGCCAGGAUCGGUACGAGAGUUCUACGAGAUGAUCCCCAAGUUGACGACCAGCAGCGACGGGAAAAAGUACGUGUUCGAAGUGAUCGUGCCAAGUUUGCCUGGGUUUGGUUUCAGUCAGGGUACUUCGAAGCGAGGGUUAAGUGCGGCCAAAAUGGCUGUCAUUAUGAGAAACCUGAUGGUACGACUUGGGUUCAGCAAGUUCUACAUCCACUGUGGAGACUGGGGUGCGGUGAUCGGUAACCUUAUGGCUACAUUCUUCCAGAGCGAAGUUUUGGGUUUUCACUCAACCAUGUGCAUGAACAAUUCUCCACUUGGACACUUGAAGACCCUCAUCGGUGGCACUUUCCCCACUUUUGUACUGAAACCGGAACACGUGAACCAUUACUUCCCGUAUCUUGAUCGAGUGAAGUUUAUGCUAGAAGAAUCGGGCUACUUUCACCUUCAAGCUACCAAACCGGACACGAUCGGAGCAGCUCUGACGGGAAAUCCCGUUGGCCUAGCCGUGUACAUCCUGGAAAAAUUCUCAACCGGAACCAAUCCAUCCUUCCGUUUCCUCGAGGACGGCGGGCUUGAAAAGUACUUCUCCCUGGACGCCCUCCUAGAUCAUAUAAUGAUUUACUACCUAACCGACUCGGUCACGACCUCUACGCGACUGUACGUGGAAGCGUUCAAUAUCCGAGAGCUGAUGGAUUACGAUCGCACGCCAACCGUGGUUCCUGCGGGGUGUGCCAAGUUCCGGUAUGAGAUAUACCAGCAGACGGAUUGGGCCCUGAAGGAUCAUCUGAGGAAUCUCAUUCAAAAUAACCACUACCCGGACGGGGGUCACUUUGCGGCGCUGCAGAUGCCGGAUGUGCUGUACGGGGACAUUGUUCAGUUCGUGAAUCGACUAUACCGCCGUGAAGAUUAGAAAGCUUUAAAGACAGAUUUUUCUAGUGUUGCCAUACUAAAAUUAAUAUUAAAUUGUAAUUGAUUUACAGAAACCA